CUUUCCUUUAUCGCAGUCGUAACUGGCCUCCGUUGGUCUCUAUCGUGACUCCCUUCACGCCAUUAAUUCCGAUUAAUCGGAGCUUCGACUUCUCAUCUUCCUUGGCGUUCGUGCGAUUCAACGUUUGAUUUGAAGAAUCAGUAGCAAUGUAUAACCUUAGUAGGAUCAUUUAUCGUUUCUCCUCGGUUUCACUUAACCCUAGCACGAGAGCAUCUGGGUUUCUACUUGAGAACGCUUCAUCAAAAAUCUUACAAUCUGCUACGAAUCGAGCAUUUUCUGCAAAAUCAGGAUCUGAUGGAGUUGGAGGCGAUGAUAACGGCUGGAAUAUUUCAACAGGAGGAUCAUUUGGUGGUACAGGAUCUGCUGAUCUUGAUUGGGACAAUAAAUCUAUGUGGUCUACUGGUUUAACUAAGGAGCAUUUCGAUGGUGUCUCCGUUGGUCGUCAGAAGAACGCGGCGAAUCCUUCUUCUGAUAACACCCCUUCUGAUUCGGGUGAUGUAAUGAGCAAAUUGGGUCCAAAGGAGGUAGCUUUGGUUAAUGAAAUGAAUGAGUAUGAUGAUUUGCUUAAAGAGAUUGAGCAAGAUAAUAGGCAAGGCAGGGCUUUUGUUGAUGGGAUUAAACAGAGAAUGAUGGAGAUCAGUGUGUUGUUGAAGCAAGUUAAAGAGCCAGGUGCUAGAGGGUCUUAUCUUAAGGACUCUGAGAAGACUGAGAUGUAUAGAUUGCACAAAGAGAAUCCUGAGGUGUAUACUAUUGAGAGGCUUGCUAAGGAUUAUAGGAUUAUGAGGCAGCGUGUUCACGCCAUUCUUUUUCUUAAAGAAGAUGAAGAAGAAGAGGAGAGGAAGCUUGGUCGUCCUUUGGAUGAUUCUGUUGACCGUUUGCUUGAUGAGUACCCUGAGUUCUUCAUUUCGCAUGACCGGGAAUUUCAUGUGGCCUCACUUAAUUACAAACCCGACUUCAAGGUCAUGCCAGAAGGAUGGGAUGGUACAAUCAAAGAUAUGGAUGAAGUCCAUUAUGAGAUCUCAAAGAAAGAGGAUGACAUGCUUUACGAAGAAUUUGUCCGAAGGUUUGAGUUCAACAAAAUGAAAUGGAGAGGAGAAGUGAUGUGCCACAAGUACAGCAGGAGACGUUCAUCAGAGGGAUGGAAAAUCACGGUUGAGAAAUUGGGUGCUAAGGGCAAACGUGGAGCCGGAGGUGGCUGGAAGUUUAUGAGUCUUCCAGAUGGAUCAAGCCGACCACUCAACGAAAUGGAGAAGGUCUAUGUUAAGCGUGAAACCCCACUACGUCGCCGUAAGAUCUAGACUCCAUCAAUGGUUAUAUCAGGAUGGGAAUGUUAUGUCUCCUGUGGGUUCUUGUUUGAUUCUGAUUUUGCUUCUGUUUGAUCUUAAGUUGAAUAGAAUAAGAUGGGUAGCUUUUGUUUUUCGUUUAGCUCUCUCUAACUUUAUCAGUGAGGUUCAAAUAAAUCAUAAGACACAGUGUUGUUUUAAUAGAAUCAUGAUCUUGUAUUAGAAUUCUCUGUUAUGUUUAAGAAGGUUCCUUCAUCGUUUGAAACGAAUUGAAAGAUGAUUUAGAGAAUCUUGUCCUAAUUUGUUGUGGUAUGUUAAAAGUUGUGGUGCGUUUGGCAAAGCUAAAAUAAAAGUAUGUUUGUUUUUGUCUAGGAAGCAUUAUAUCAACGGAGGUGAUGCGUUACUCGCCCGCGAACCAGAAGCGGAGGUCGAAGCGGAAACAGAAGCGGAAGGAGAGGCGCAUAGCAUGUCUCAAAGCCGGUAAGCAAACGUGAUUCCAAAAAUGAGGUGUUUUGGAAGCGUAGUGAAACCACAUGACUCUAGUUUGGAAACGUUGGUGGUGUGGAUCGGAAGCGUCGAUGGUGACUUGCAAUUCUAAUUUUGGGUUUAUAAUUUGUUUUGUGGCCCAACUUACCUUGGUCACCAUAAGCAUUUAAUGUUUGGUAUUUUAGGUUAUUUCAUUUUUGCUAAUAUAUUCAAACAAACAUAUAAAAUAAAAAGACAAAUCACCACCCAUGAUAUUAAAAAAAAAACACUAAUAAAAGAUGAUGUCUCCUGGAAUGGUCGAC